AUGAAGGAUGAUGAAGCAUUCACGAACCUUUUCGGCAUUCUAGAGGUGAUUCGCGGUGAAGGAAUCUCAGUCUUUGCGGACGCGCGUAUGAUGGAAAAGUACCGUUGCGUGGAGACAUUGGCCGCGCUGACGACUCCGCCGCUGAACACUACUGCAGCAGAGUUGCUGGUGCGAAAAGUCUUCCAGGCGUUUGCGAGCACUACCAUUGUUGAGUAUCAGCGGAAAAUGUGCUGUGGUGAAGAAUUGCUAGCGCUGCGGCGCCUGCAUGAAGACUACCGACGCACCCUACUGCUUCUUAACGAUUGGUGCAAGCGUCUGCGUGCGGGGGAGGAAGUUGUAAAGUUCACAGUUUCUCUGCGCUGCCACUUGCUACAGCCAGAUCUUCUGACCGGCGAGAGCCCGGCGGGAAAGGAGCAGCUGCUGCGGUUUUUGCGCGAGCACAGACAUAAAGUGCUUGACGAAAUUGCUGGAGCGGGGGGUAGUGCGACACUCAUGCGUGGAAUUGUGGGCUACCGCGACGAGGUGCUGCAGCGUUUGCACGGACUCACACUCUCUUUGACGCCAGACCUCAAGGCGCUAUGGAAGUCUGUUUUGGUGAAGUGUACACGUGAGCGUAUUGAGUCGUUGGACGACGACUUCACUGUUCCGCGCAUUCUCUCCUGUAUGCAGUGGAAGGAUGAUGUAAUAGACACAUUUGUACGCAUGGCGCUAUCGCCUGACCCCAAUAACUCUGAUGUGCGUGCCGAGGUGAAUCGUUGGUGUGAAGAGUUGGAACAGCUUCUUCUUGUAAGCUACGGCCGUAAGCGCAUCGCAAGUUUCUGGGAUGUGGUGGUGGAGUAUCCAGACUCCAUGCCGACGCUACAGGAUCUGCGCUUGUGUCUUCUUCGGUGCGCCGACGACACACUCCGAAGUGAGUUGAUUCAAACAGCAAAGCGUAUGCUGGCGUCGCGACUUCAUCGGGCAGGCACACGGACGGAAGACAUCCUCGCCAUUCUGAUGGGAAUGAUUCAUUCUCUCUGUGUGCUGUUGUCAAAGAAUGAUCAAAGCUCAGUGAUUUUCACCAUUGUUGGGGAUACCCUGGAGCACCUCAAGAAGCGGAAGGACUGUGUCUCCGCUGUUGUACAGGCCAUUACACAACCGAGCGCAAAUUCGGUUCUACACGUUGAUUUGCAGAACUACUCGAGUAACGAUUUUGCUGCAGGCGCUGACGGUGGUGAUAAAGAAAACGAGGAUGAUGCAUUGCUUAUGGCAGGGCAAUCGCCAGUGUCCAUGCAGGAUAGACCUGACGUGUUGCGUGUGCUGUUGUCUGCGAUUAGUGUUUCUUCUCUCGUUGAGGAGUAUAGACAAGUUUUGGCCUCCCAACUGUUGGGCAAACGCAUGCAUGACUUUGAUACAACUGCAGAGGAAGAAGUAUUGGAGCGUUUAAAGUGUGCCUUUGGUGAGGAUGUGCUGGCACCUUGUGUUGUGAUGAUUCGUGAUAUUCAGGCUUCUCGUCGCUACACACUUCACAUGAAAGAGGUCUACCAGCAGUCUGUUGCAGAAGGGCUUCCACAAGAGAAACAACGGGACUGGCCGUUAAGUUUAGAUGUUCUCUCCACUACGUCGUGGCCAAAGUUGUCCGCGUGUUUUCCUUCUGGAGAAGUGCAGCCUGUUCCUGAUAAGUACAACCCUCAUCCGCAGCUUAGCUCUGUGAUGGAGAGUGUCAUGGAAUUGUACAAAGACAUGAAGGCGAAUCAGCGCCUGGAGUGGAUUCUCUCGCAAGGUAGUGUCAGCUUGGAGCUCAAGCAGAAGGAAACCUCAACCGGCGCGAUGAUUGCAGCAACGUAUGACCUUUCACUCUUCUCUGCGUCGCUCGUUUUGUAUGUACGUGACAUAUCGUCGGAGCUCGGUGGUCCAGCGCCUCUGGUAGCUGUGGCGGAGCGCAUGGGAAUGAAGGCCCACUCCCUGCAGCAGCGGUUGUCGCACCUCUUUCCUUCUAUCCUUAUUUCUACGGAUGGAACUAAAAGUUUGUUGUUGCAAACAAACUAUUUGUCGACGUCAAACUUUACUUUUGACGAGGCGGAAGAGAGUGAGGAGCAGCCUGCCGGGCUCUCACAGGAUCAGGUGAAGAUGCUGCUUUCUAUGAUGACGGCAAUGCUUAAGGCUCGUAAGGCGUGCGGCGUCAACGAUAUCUUCAACAGUAUGAAAAUGUUCGGCCAGUUUCAAGGAAGCCUUGAGGAUAUGAAAAAACUUCUGCAGGUGUUUGUGGCUCAAGGCAAGCUAGUGUUAAACGAGGCGAAGUUGUACACCUUGCCGAAGAAGUAA